GUGCAUGUGUUGAAGGAUUAUUUUUUAAUUUUUAUUUUUGUAGUUUUUCCUACAUGUAUUUCGAGUUGGAAAUCAGUCUGACAAGUGACACAAUGUUAAAUGUAACUGCAGUAACAUUCUUAUAUUGUAAUCUUAACCAGAUUGCAUCCUGAGCAAAAUAGAAACUAUUAUGACGCUUACCGGCUGCUGGAGGAUUAUUGCUCUCUUUAACAAUGUCACGAGGCCACGAGUGUACCUCAGCUGUCCUGGCGUCUUUGGUCAGGCUUGCCCUGUUAGACCGCUGUGCACCAGUCCUGUCCCGGGCUUUGAGGACACGAUCUUCGCGUUAUCCUCUGGAAGAGGCCGCUGUGGAGUCGCCGUGGUGCGGGUGAGCGGGCCAGAUGCAGCCGGAGCUGUGCGCGCUCUGACCGGGCUGAAGCGCGCACUCAGCCCCCGCACUGCGCACCUCCGCAGCAUCACACACCCCACAUCUCACGAGCUGCUGGACCGGGGCCUUGUCCUGUGGUUCCCAGGCCCUCACAGUUUCACCGGAGAGGACAGUGCUGAGUUUCACGUCCACGGAGGACCUGCUGUCAUUAGUGGUGUUUUACAAGCCCUCGGGAGUCUGCCUGGAUUACGGCCUGCUGAGGCAGGUGAGUUUACCCGACGUGCGUUCCAUGCUGGAAAGUUGGAUUUGACAGAAGUAGAGGGGUUGGGGGAUUUGAUCCACGCAGAGACAGAAGCACAGAGGAGACAAGCACUCCGGCAGAUGUCAGGGGACCUCGGCCGCCUCUACAAUGACUGGAGUCGGCAGCUUAAGCAUUGUUUAGCACACAUAGAGGCCUUCAUUGACUUCAGUGAGGGUGAGCUCAUAGAGGAUGGAGUCUUAAAUCAAGUGGACACAGCAGUAUCCAAGCUGCAAGUGGAAAUACAGAAGCAUCUUUCUGAUGAGCGGAGAGGUGAGCGACUGCGUAGUGGUGUGCAGGUGGUCAUCGCAGGAUCCACCAACGCAGGGAAGAGCAGCCUUUUCAAUCUACUGUGCCAGCGUCCUGCAGCUAUUGUAUCUCCUAUAGCAGGGACAACCAGAGACAUUGUGGAGACGCCACUGGACAUCGGAGGCUUUCCGGUCCUGUUGAGUGACACGGCGGGUUUGAGAAAGACAGAUGACUGUGUGGAGCAAGAGGGCGUCCAGCGUGCCCUGAAAAAGGUGGAAGUGGCAGAUCUGACACUGGUGGUGGUCGACUCGACACAGCUUCCUCAGGAGCCUCAGAUGGUGCCAGGUUUCCUGAAUGACUACCUCAACAAUGUGCUGACAAAAGAGACGAAGCAGGAUCACGCGCAGCAGUGUCUCCUGAUCCUUAACAAAAGUGACCUCCUGCCUAAUGAACACAUUAGCAUCAUCCAGAGAGCCCUCAGUGAUGCGUUCACUGUGACUCCAGUCAGUAUUCUUUCAUGCAGUACCAGAGAAGGACUGGCUGAUUUCUUGAAACUGUUGCAGGAGAGAGUUAAGACAAUGUGUGCAGAUCCGCUGGUCGGCAGCCCAAGUCUAACUCAGACCCGCCAUCGGACUAACCUCCAAAAGAGUGUUGAAGCUUUGAGUCAAUAUCAUAAGUUUAGAGAUGUGGACCUGGCGCUGGCAGCAGAAGGACUGCGCUUAGGCCUUAACUGCUUGGGUAGAAUCACGGGCAAGAUUGGCAUUGAAGAGAUCUUGGAUGUGAUUUUUAGAGAUUUUUGCAUUGGUAAAUAAAUAUAACCCUGCUCACAGUCUGUCAAUGUCUGUUAAUGUCCUUAUGAAUGUUAACUGACCAAAUACACCAAAUGCUGUUAUGUUUUUCAGAUUCUUUCAAGCAGUACCUGUAGUGUAAUUUUUUUUUUUUUAAGAUGAAUCCGGCAUUUUUGUAAGAUUUCAGUGGUAAUAGCAAAUGAAAGUAUUUAAAAAUAAUCCCCAAAUAAUCAGUGCUAUUAUGGUGUGUUCAAACAGAAUUUGUAUUUAUUAAAGAGGGUGGUGAAUAUAUUAUACGCUGCUCAAGUCGAGGGAACACUGUUGCUAAGCAACUGAGAAAUAUGGAGGCUAAACGUAUGAUUUAAGUCACUAGCACAUGUUUCAUACAAACAAUAUAAAUGCAGAAUGUCACUGUAAAUUAGACAAAACAGUUAUGAAUAUGAACAUUUGCCUCAAAUGUGCUGGUAAAUUACUAAUAAAC